AUGUUCGAUCUAGACGCGAUGGAAAAGUUGCCAGAGGAGCUCGGAAUGGAACGUGUUUUAUGUCACGGAGAUCUGUGGUCAAUGAACAUUCUCUGGAGACAAAAUGGUGAUCACCUCAGCCUGGCUAGUCUGGUCGAUUAUCAGAUUGCUCAUUUCGGUUGCCCUGCCACCGAUUUGGUGCGGGUGUUUUCCGCAUGUUUGAGUGGAAAAGAGAGACAAGCGCACUGGGAGGAGCUCUUGGAGGACUUCUACGGAUAUCUUAAGAAGGAAGUUGGCAGUGAAAAGAUGCCCUACACACUCGAACAGUUGAAAGAAUCCUAUCGUCGAUUCUUUCCUGUGGGAGCCUUCCUGAUAAUUCCGCUGAUAGGACCUCUUUUCGAGUGUAUCUUUAAGAAUCCCGACGAAGAAAUGAAGAAAAAGUGUUUCGCGACGAUAAUGGAAAAGACGGAGUGCUUACUGGAUGACAUGAUUCAAUUUCAUCAUAGAAAUAUGAAAAUCAAGAGAGGAGAGUCAAUUGAAUGA